CUCUCCCGUUAAAAAAAACAAAUAGGGUCUAGACUAGAUCUAGAUCUAAGCAUAUCCAGAUACAACAAUAAAAUGGCGUCUGAAGUAAAGAGUGGCCCAUCAACAUCUGGAACCAACAUGGCAUCCAGCAAAUCAGAUAAGUUGAAACGCUUGCGGGACCUGGAGUUGAAAAUGAAUGAGGCCAGAAAAAUGAACCACGCAGAGGUUGUUGCUGAAGAUGAAAGGAAAAAAAGACCCCAGAAUUUUGAAGCUAAACGUAAGCGCCUGGAGUGGGAACAAGAGCAAGCUGAGAAGAAAAAGGAGUGUGUGGCUAAGGGAGAGAACUAUGACAGGGUCAAGCUGCUUGAGGUGGGAGCUGAUGAAGCUGAGAGGUGGGAGAGGAAAAAGAAGAAGAAAAACCCAGACACUGGCUUUGCUGACUAUGAGCAGGCAACAUUCCGCCAGUACCAGAGGCUGACCAAACAGAUUCAACAAGAUCCCAAAAACUAUGAGAAGGAGAGAGAACAGCUAGGUGAUGACUUUUAUGCAUCAGCUGAUACAUUAGGCCUUCAUCAGCGCAAAGAUUCUGAGGAUGCCAUAGACAGGAUGGUCACAGACUUAGAGAAACAGAUUGACAAAAGAUCUAAAUACAGCCGUCGUAGGACAUUUGAUGAAGAAGCUGAUAUUGAUUACAUUAAUGAGCGCAACAUGAAGUUCAACCAGAAACUAGAGAGGUUCUAUGGAAAAUACACAGCUGAAAUCAAGCAGAACUUGGAGAGAGGAACAGCUGUUUAGUAUUGUUGUAGGGACAGCUGUUUUGUAAAGAACUGUCUUGUAUGAGAUUCUAAUGUAUUUAUCUGGAACAUAGGAAUGGAAUCUAAAAUGUAGAUUCUAUUUUUCUACCCUAAUUAUCGUCAAGCUACAGGCAUGUGUUUGGGGUCAUUAACCCUUUACAGUGGCCAGAGAAUUUUGUGUGGUGCAGUCUGGCGCAUCUGCCCGAACUAUUCAUAGUACAUUUAUUAACGUAGUAUUUCUUGUAUAUAAUUUCUUGGUAACAAGAAAUUAAAGAUACCUGCUGAAAAUAAGUUUGUUUUCUUGUUACUCCAUAGCUAGUGCAAUUUUUUAAAGCUCAGAUUUUUUUUUUAAAUUACAGGCAAUAUAAUUAGUGAAAUUGAAAUUUAUAAGGUAACUAAAUACAGUGAUAUUUAAAAAGAAAAUAGCUCCAAUGCCAAUGUUGAAUUAUUUUUAGCAUUUAAAUUUUUUUUUUUGUAUAAAAUUAUACAAGAAUUACGGUUUUAAGUUUGUUUUUUUUAGAUUAAAGUAAUAUUUUACCUAAUACAUAAUAAUUUCAGAAUAUUUUGUGUUAGAUGCUUUUUAUUUCUAAACAUUAGUGGUCAUUUCUAAAUAUCUUUUCUCAUAGCCGUCGGGUAAGUAAACUACUUUUGAUGUCCUGGGCGGGAGAUUGUUAAAUCACAUCCAUUGUACGUUACUCUUGAAUUCUUAUCUUAUUAUAUAAGGGGAUAAUUUCACUGUUUGGCUGUUUUGAUUUUUAAAAUUAUACAUUGUGUUACAUUAGUAACAAUUUCUACUCUGUAGAUUACAGAAUUUGGUUUUUCACCUUGUAAAAUACCAUACAAAUUCACUGUCAGUUAUGGUUGGUCCCUGUCAAAUCAGGGGAGUUAAUUUUUUGUUUACCCAUAAGGGAGUGAAUGACAAUUAUUUUUAAUAAAUCAGGGGAGUGAACGGCAAUUUGGUUGAUAAAUGAGAUAUAAAACUAGAGUACCUGCUGUCAUGUAGGGCAAGGAGUGUGAAGAGCUCCAGUGUAUUUUAUCUGUAAAUAUGUCACUUGUAAAAUAUAUUUUUCCACUGGGUGCUGCAUUGUGAUGGCAUGGUUUGAAACCAAUGAUUGUCUAAUACCAAUAAAGUAAAUCACUCAAAAUU